UUGCCUUUAAGUUUAGUACACACCCCCUGGCGUUGUUGCAGGACACAAUCAACCUGGUGAAGAUUCAGACAUGGAUCUGGUGCUGAACGUUGCUGAUUAUUACGUCUUGACUCCAUAUGUCUACCCCGCAUCGUGGCCUGAAGACGGGGCCCUUCGGCAGAUCAUCAGCCUCAUGGUGCUGACAAACCUUGGGGCUGCAAUCCUGUAUCUGGGCCUUGGAGCCAUAAGCUUUUACUUCAUCUUUGACCACAACCUGAUGAAACACCCACACUUCUUAGAGAAUCAGGUAAAGAGAGAGAUCAAAUAUGCAAUGACGUCUCUGCCCUGGAUCAGCAUCCCCACAGUGGCCCUGUUUUUCGCUGAAGUUCGAGGAUACAGCAAACUGUACGACCAUGUCAGUGACUCCCCGCUGGGUUGGCCGGGCCUUUUCCUGAGUAUGAUCUCCUUCCUGUUUUUCACCGACAUGUGUAUCUACUGGAUUCACCGCUUUCUACAUCAUAAGCUUAUUUACAAGCUGUUCCACAAACCACACCACAUUUGGAAGAUUCCCUCUCCCUUUGCCAGCCAUGCCUUUCAUCCAGUCGACGGCUUCAUGCAGGGCCUUCCGUACCACAUCUACCCCUUCCUGUUCCCCCUCCACAAGGUCCUCUACCUGGUUCUUUACAUUUUUGUCAACAUCUGGACCAUCUCCAUCCACGACGGAGACUAUCGCGUUCCCAGUGCCCUGACGAGCGUCAUCAAUGGCGCAGCUCACCACACCGACCACCACCUCUUCUUCGACUACAACUACGGCCAGUACUUCACGCUGUGGGACCGCCUGGGAGGCUCCUACAGGCACCCGUCGGCCCUGAUGGGGAAGGGUCCCCUCGAGCUGAUCCAGAAGCUUCUAGCAGAGGGAAAGUUGGGAAAUGACAGAACGAAGGUGAAACAGGAAGUGAACGGAAAUGCUCACAGAGGGGUCACAUGUAAGGAGGAGUAACAGUUGAUCGCUGUAGGUGAGACAAUGUGCUGCAUCAGCAGGAAAACCUCGAUGAGAAUAAUCUGAGUUUGUGUUUGCCAAAAAAAAACUUCUGUGAGACUUUAAAAUCAGAUUGUGUAACAUGACUGAGCUUU